AUGGCGCCGACCACUCAGUGUCGUGCGAAUUUGGCUGCAGAGUUGGUUGCUUUGGGCCCUCCAAUCAACUACAAGUCUUGGCAGUUUUGUCUCCCAGAAGCCUCUGCUUUCUGGGAGACAGCAACCCACUUAAAGUAUUCUUUUUACUUAGUUCUAGGUAUCAUCUUCCUCAUCCAGACAGGAGCUGGUAUACUGGGAAAUUUCUUUAUCUUUUGCCACUGUGCCUUUGCUUUCCUCACUGGAAGAAAACUGAGGCCCAUAGACUCCAUUUUGUUCCACUUGGUCUUGGCCAACUCCAUAGGACUUGUUUCCAAGGGAAUCCCUCAGACAAUGGUUGGUUUAGGGCUGAAAAAUUUCCUGGAUCUUGUCAGCUGUCGAUUUAUUGUUUUCCUCCACCGAGUGGCCCGUGGUCUUUCUGUCACUAUCACUUGCCUUCUGAGUGGUUUUCAGAUUAUUACCAUCAGUCCCUUUACCUGUUCCAUACUGUCAGAAGUUAAAACCCAUACUUCAAAGUGUAUUUUCCCUUCCUGUCUUUUCUGCUGGAUCCUACAUAUACUGGCAAAUAUAUUCAUGCUUGGGAAUGUGCAGAACUUUAGAGGAAACAGUAACAUCACAAGGAUAUGGAAUUUGGGAUUCUGUUCAGAUUCUACUCUAAAUUCAUUUGAUGCCUCAUUAUUAUUAAUUAUAUACUCUAUUCCUGAUUUUCUGUGUGUGAGUUUUAUGAUCAUUACUAGUGGGUACUUAGUGCUUCUCUUGCAAAGACAUCAUCAACAAGUCCAGCAUAUUCGCAGCCCUAACCUGUUGUCAAGAAGGUCCCCUGAGACUAGAGCUACCUACACCAUCUUAGUGUUGAUGAGCACCUAUGUCUCCUUCUACUCAAUCAAUUCAAUUUUUUCAUUUUAUCAUGUUCAUUUUGAUAAAUAUUCUCAAUGGUUGCUUUCCAUAUCAGCACUCUUGGAUUCAUGUUUUCCAGCAAUAAGUCCAUUUGUGCUUAUCAGUUGUGAUUCCAAAAUUCUCCUUUUCUUUUAUUCUAAUGGGUUAUUAAGCAAAGCAGUUUGUACCGAUAAUGGAGGGACUGUUGAGAAAUAUCUAUCAAUUGCUUCUACCUAUGAAGUAAGGGGGAAAUUUUAUAUUUUACCAGUGAUCUACAAAAAGAGAGAAGCGAGAUUUGGAGAAACAUAG